AUGGCUUGGUUGAAAGUGGAGGACAAGUACUUCUAUGAAUCUUCAUUUUACUUCCUCAAUUUGUGCUCAUGGGUGUGGCAGACGCCUGUUCCAAGUUUUCCACAUUACCAAGGAGCAUGGUCCAAAGAAUGGAUCCUAAACAACCUCAACGCUUCUCGUCUUGUUCACUAUUUCAUGUUCCUCGCGAUACUAAGCUCUUUGAAUUUCAUUUUCUACUUGGUUGUGACCAAGUUUUAUCAGUACAAAGCUGAAGUUUCUGACUCGAUGGAAGUUCUGAAAGGAGAAUUGGAGGGGUCCAAGGUUAAGUAA